CCUUGGGGAAGCUUCGACCCGACCUGUCGAUUAAGCAGCUUUCGCUUUAAGAAAGCUUAUCCGAUUUCCAUCGUUAAAUAAAACACACACCAACAAACCAAAACAAACUCAAUCAUUUCUCCCCCGCCGUGGACAUUAAAUUGCCCGAUCAUAUUAAUAUUUAACUUGUCUACAUACACUACCACGACUGAAUUUCUUCAUCUGAGAAACCGUCGCCUCGGAGCUUAUUCUAUACUUUUUGUCUUAGCUGCUACGUUCACCUUCUCCCUCGACGACGACCACCAUGGCGAAAACUAAACGUGGCGGGGAUGCCCACGGAGGAUCGGCCGAGGCAGUUGAGAAAAAGGCUGAAGAGGAUAAGAAAAACACAGAUGGCCAGCCUCAAGCUAACGGCAAGAAAGAUGAGGACAAGAUCGGUUCUGCGGAGGAGUUGAGCGAGGAAGACCAGCAACUCAAGAGUGAGCUUGACAUGUUUGUCGAGCGAUUAACAGAAUCCGAUGCAUCCCUCUACAAGCCGGCCUUGGAGGCCAUGAAGAAUUCCAUCAAGACUUCGACAUCCUCCAUGACUGCAGUACCGAAACCCUUGAAGUUCCUCAGACCCCACUACCCGACUAUGACAAAACUCUACGAAGAGUGGCCUGAGGGCGAUGACAAAUCCUCGUUGGCGGAUGUCUUAUCGGUCAUAGGUAUGACCUUUUCAGACGAAGACCGCCAAGACACCCUGAAGUUCCGUUUACUAUCACCGACGGAAGACAUAGGAUCGUGGGGCCAUGAAUAUGUGCGUCAUCUGGCCUUGGAGAUUGGCGAGGUUUACGGAAAACGGGUCGCUGUGGAGGAACCCGUUAAAGAUCUAAUAGAUCUCGCAUUGGUCCUCGUGCCCUUAUUCUUGAAGAGCAACGCCGAGGCUGAUGCUGUCGAUCUUAUGAGCGAGCUCGAGAUUAUCGAAGAGCUACCCAAGUUCGUCGACGAGAACACCUACUCCCGUGUCUGCUUAUACCUUGUCAGCAUGGUCAACCUCCUAACCUAUCCGGAAAACGAUCAAUUUCUGCGAACUGCAUAUACGAUCUACAUGGCCUAUAAGGAACUGACCCCGGCUAUGAAUAUCGCUAUCAGGCUCAAUGACAUCGACCUCAUCACCAAUGUCUUCGACUCUACAGAGGAUCCGGCGCUAAAGAAGCAGAUGGGUUUCUUGAUUGGCCGUCAGAAGAGCUGGGUUAACGUACACAGAAACACCCACGCUUCGCCAGAAGAUAUGCAGGACAUAGAAGAUACCGUUUCAAACGUCAAGUUGGCCGAGUACUUCAAGGUUCUAGGCAAAGAAUUGAACAUUCUCGAACCUAAGACCACGGAAGAUAUCUACAAGAGCCAUCUGGAGAGCACCCGUGUAGCUGGCAUGACGAAUCUAGACUCUGCGCGACACAAUCUAGCCGCUGCAUUCGUCAAUGGAUUCGUCAACGCCGGCUUCGGCAACGAUAAAAUGAUGCUCGUGGAAGAGGACAAGGAGUCCUGGGUGUGGAAGACGAAGGAUGAAGGUAUGGUAUCAACCGUGGCCUCCCUCGGGACUCUACUUAUGUGGGAUGUUGAAAAUGGACUCGAUAAGAUCGAUAAAUACACCUACUCUGGAGAGCCCCUGAUUGUGGCAGGCAGUAUGCUCGCUAUUGGCAUCAUGACCUCAGGUGUUCGCAUGGACAGCGACCCUAGUAUAGCGCUACUCGCUGACCCGGAAAAGCUUGAACAUAAGAAUCCUCUUAUACGAAUAGCUGCCAUCAUGGGACUUGGGCUUUCCUACGCAGGCUCGCAUAAGGAAGAGGUGUUGGAGCACUUGUUACCCAUUGUUACAAACCCGGAUAGCGAUAUGCAGACCGCCGCAAUGGCCGCUCUGGCUUGUGGCAUGACGUGUGUUGGCUCUGCCAACCCGCUGGCGACUGAGGAGAUCAUGAGUGUUCUUAUGGACGAAGACCGUGGAAACCAGUUUUCUGAUAAGUGGGUUCGAUUCUUAGCCUUGGGUCUCGGCCUUCUCUUCUUUGGUCGCCAAGAAGAAGUCGAUGUUAUUCUAGAGACUCUCAAGGCAGUUUCUCACCCUAUGGCCAAGCCAACUGCCAUUCUUUGCGAGGUUUGUGCCUGGGCUGGUACUGGAGCUGUGUUGAAGAUCCAAGAACUACUACAUAUCUGCAACGAGCAUAUCGACCCUGACUCAGAUGAUAAGAAGGGCGAGGAGUUAUUGCAAAUGUAUGCGGUUCUCGGAAUUGCGCUAGUUGCGAUGGGCGAAGAAGUCGGACAAGAGAUGGUUCUGAGACAAUUUGGUCAUCUGAUGCACUAUGGCGAGGCCAACAUUCGGCGUGUCGUGCCGUUGGCUAUGGGUUUGAUUAGCCCUAGCAACCCACAGAUGAAGGUCUACGAUACACUAUCCCGGUACAGUCACGACAAUGACAAUGAUGUCGCGAUAAAUGCAAUCUUUGCCAUGGGAUUGCUCGGCGCCGGCACGAACAACGCCAGAUUAGCACAGCUUCUUCGACAAUUAGCCAGCUACUACCACAGAGACCAAGAAUCAUUGUUCAUGGUUCGUAUUGCGCAAGGUCUCUUACACAUGGGCAAGGGCACCAUGUCUCUUAGCCCCUUCCACACAGAUCGACAGAUCCUGUCACGAGUGGCGACAUCAGGUCUGCUCGCCAUUCUCGUCGCCAUGAUCGACGCCAAGCAAUUCGUGACUUCCAAUUCCCACUACCUCCUAUACUUCCUCAUCACCGCCAUGCAUCCCCGCUUCCUCGUUACGCUAGAUGAGGGCCUCAACCCCUUGACGGUCAAUGUCCGCGUUGGUCAAGCCGUUGAUGUGGUCGGUCAGGCAGGUCGACCCAAGACGAUCACCGGAUGGCAGACACAAAGCACGCCUGUGCUUCUAGCAUACGGCGAGCGAGCGGAACUUGAGGACGAGCAAUACAUCAGUCUCAGCAGCACACUAGAAGGACUAGUGAUUCUUCGCAAGAAUCCGGACUGGGACGAUGGAAAAUAGGCAAUUGGGAGGAGUUGACAUUGACUAAAAACUAUCUCGUCGUUUGCCCGACACGUAAAGGUCAGGCUUAACUGGUAGGAGGCUGGUUGUCAAGUCGGUGAAACUUGUACUAUUAAACGGCAAAUAAUGCAUCGCCGAGCAUCGCAAAGUUAGAGUGCGACCUCGCUCCAGGUCAAUGCAUUAUAAAAUGAUGGAAACAAUCGAAACUUUCAUCUUCUGUA